AUGCGCUGUACUUCAUCCAAACAAGUAGCGAUUGUUGGCACUGGUGCCGUUGGAUCAACCAUUGCCUUGUGCACCAUGAUGAAAAAUGUAGCAUCUGAACUUUUACUCGUCGAUAGUGCAAGGGAUUUUGCACGGGGUCAAAGCAUGGAUUUAAACGACGCAAAUAUCGUCAACAGCACCAAAAUUCGUGACGGAACACUCAAAGAAGCAGGCCAAGCCGAAGUGAUCGUGAUUACUGCCGGUGCCAAGCAAGGACCCGGGGAGUCCCGACAACAGCUCGUUGACCGAAAUUACGACGUUUUGAAAGAAGUGAUUGGUGGCAUGCAGCCAAUCCGACGAGAUGCUAUCAUGAUGUUGGUGUCGAACCCUGUGGACGUGUUGACUUCAAUUGCUCAAAAUUUAUCAGGUUUGCCGCGCAAACAAGUGUUUGGCUCAGGCACUUUUUUGGACACGUCUCGGUUGACGGUAUAUCUGUCUGAUUUGCUCAAUGUCUCUGCAACAUGCGUCCACGCCUAUGUGUUGGGAGAGCAUGGUGAUAGCCAAUUCAUUGCAUGGGACGCAGCUUCUAUAGCUGGGCGACCUUUACUCUCGUUCCCAGAGAUUAAAAAUGUCGACAAGGAAAAGGUUCGGUUGACCAUUUCAAACAAGGCAAUGGACAUCAUCCAGCACAAGGGUUCAACUUACUAUGGCAUCGGUGCAUGUGGCGCUUCCCUAUGCGAAUCGAUAUUGCGGAAUUCGUUGGAUGUUCGGCCACUCUCUGUCUAUGUGGAUGAAGUGGACACAGUUAUUUCAGUGCCUGCAAAACUAGGUGCUGCCGGAAUUGAACAAAUCAUGCCGAUACCCUUGGCGCCAAACGAGCAAAAGCAGUUUUUGGAAAGUGCAGCGACAUUGAAAGCUAUCGGACAAAGAUAUAGCUAA